AUGGAGGACGCUCUUGCCUCACCUGAGAACAAGAGACGGAAGAAAGGCCACCUACCAGCCGAGUCCGAGAAGAUUCUCCGCGACUGGUUCUAUGAGCACCAGUUUAAGGCCUAUCCAUCAGAGGCGGACAAACGAAUGCUGUCCGAGAAGACCAAUUUACCUUUUCUGCAGAUUUUCAAUUGGUUUGUGAACACCCGCCAACAGGUUCUCGCGGAAAGGCUGAAAGAGGAUGUAAAUGACUCCAAACACCAAAAAGACAAGGAUACUGAUGAAACUCAACUUCCAAACACUGAUUCUUCUUUUCUGGUCAAGUCAGGACCUGUGGAUCCAGACAAAGUUCAAUGCCGUCCCCUGUCUCCACUGCUGAGAGGCCGCGACUCAGGAAAGAACCUACCAGGUCCAGAAACUUCCUCGAGCCAGAAGUGCAUCCUAAAAGCCCCGCUGAAGGAAGUGGUGGAGAUUUCCACCAGUGAGCCCAUGUCUUUUCCAGAAUCUGUGCAGCCAGAGGAAUACAAAGACUUCAGCAACUUCUACCUCCUGGUCGAUGUAGCUGUACAAAGGGCAGCCGAACUGGAGUUGCAGGAGAAGCAAGAACAUGAUGCAUGA